AUGUGCACAUCGGAAGAGAUGGUUCACUCCAUCGCCUCAAUCGUCAAAAUUCAUCGCCACUUCCGGUGCGAAACUGUGCUAACGGUAGCGCGGACAGACAGUGCCAAUACUGGACCUAAUAGUAGUUAUAACUACUCAUUCGGUGAAACUAAUAGACCAGAUGUUAAUGUGAGUGGAACUACAGGUGUCGAUGAUUAUUGCGAGGAUAUCGGCGCCAUAAAGCCGGUGCCCAUUAAGAACACAUCUGUAGUCCAGUCAAUGACGGCCACUGACACGGAAGGGGAAGACUCCAAACUGGAGCUCUAUAGUGAUAUCGAGUCCAUUGGAGACACAAACAAUCGUGAAGGAGAGACAGACAGCGAUUGCGGUCCCACUGGAGAUGACACCAAACUGCUCGUCAUUGAUGACCAAAUGUCUCAACAACCAGUGCUCUGCGCUUCCAAUCCACAAACCAAUGAGUCUACAGAUUGUGAUCAACAGAUGGUUAAAACUAGCGGUCAGUCACUGACUUCGACACAUGAGUGGCAAUCGAAUGACUUGAUGUCAUCGUCUCAACAGAUACCGAGUGUGGGCGACAUGACUACUGAUAAAUGCAAAUCCAACCAAUCAUUGAGCAAAUUAGCAGAAAAGGCAACUCUGAAAACGGGCAAAACGGGUCACAAACAGUAUUUAGUGGACUCAAAACAAGGGCGAAGGCCUUCUAUCAAAGACUUAUUCGGCGACUCGGAUGACGACAGUGACGACGACAGUGACAUUCGGCGCCUACUGGCAGAACAGGGAAGCAUUAAUGUUCACUAUCCGCUCAAAAUACCCAUUCUUCUCAAGCAUAGUGUGGCCAAAAGUGACACAAUUAGCGAAUCUGCAAAUGCAAGCGUUGCCAAUACAAAUGAAACACGCGAUCCCCUCUACGAUACACCAAUAGUAGAUCUUAAUAAAUGGAUCGCUGUUACGCCUGUCGACACUACCGACGCCGCUCUCAUCACAACUACAACAACAAACGCUAUUAAUAAAUGGAAACCUAUAGAAGGUGUGAACGCAAACACAUCUGUUUGUGCGAUACCCGUCACCGAUGCCGUCACCGAUGCACCGGUCGCUGAGUUGGAUGAUCGGAGUGAGACAGUGAUGAUCGGCGAUACUUCAGGCAAUGUCGAUGACAUUAGUGAAGAACAAGAGAUAAUGGAUACACACAGUGAUAAUGUGGAACAUAUGUCGCGUGAAUGUAUAGCCACCAGUGCUCUGACGGCUAACCCGGAAGUGGUCGACGAAGAAGAAGGAGAGAUCCGAGAGGAAGGCGGCCAUAGAGUGAGGCGCUGUAAACACGGAAGAAUACGCAGAGAUAAGCCUAAGGACAGUAGUAUUGGUGAGAAAUGUGGCGAAAGACAUCGAUCCCACAGCAGUGAAUCCAAAGCUAAACAUGUCGAGAGCGGAGACACCGACAACACAAUUGAGUGCCCAAAUAGUAAUGAUGUGCCAAACAGUCCUAAUAUCAAUGUUAAGUUGAAAGAGAAAAGAUGUGAAUUGAAUGACAAGAAUGAGGAAUCAUUGGAAGCCGAAGACAAUGCGGAAAUUGGUUGGAAAAAGUUGUCCAACACUACAAAAAUGAGAAGCUAUAGGGAUAGGGACGGCAAACCGAAGGACCCCAAACACGUGGAGCUCAUGUUCCGCGAACGCGAACUCAGCAAAAAACUAAAUAAGAAAUUAGUUUUGAAGAGCGGUAGCAAAACCAUUAAGGANAUUGGCACUGUCUGUCCGCUGCGGUGA